AUGACAAAAAGUAAAGUAUUGAUUGUUGGGUUUGGAGGUGUCGGUAUUGUUGCAGGAUACACUCUUGAAAGAAACGGAAAAGCAGACGUUGUUGCUGUAGCUAGGUCAAAUCUUGAGAAGGCACAAUCUGAAGGUUACAAUAUUGAGUCAGUAGACUACGGAACGGUGAACUACAAACCUUCCAAGCUAGUCAAGACCGUAGAAGAAGCAGCAGAGUAUGGGCCCUAUGACUAUGUUGUUGUGACAACAAAAAAUACCCCAGAUAUAUUCAAGACUGAGGACCUCAUUGAGCCUGUUGUAACACCCAAAAAAACUAUAAUCUUAUUAUCUCAAAAUGGCAUUGGGAUCGAAGAGCCAAUUAUCAAGAAGUUCCCAGGAAACAUCGUUUUGAGUGGGGUAUCCAUGAUUAGUUCUAACAAGUACGUCACAGAUGUCAAGCAUGUGAGUACUGAUAUCUUAGGUGUUGGAUAUUUUGAUGAUGGCUUCUCUGAUGCAGAACUGCAGAAAGAAGCGGCGGAGAAUUUCAUUGGUCUUUAUGCUAACGAAUUCAACGAUUGCAAGUAUGAUCCUAACGUCAAAUAUGCUAGAUGGAGAAAGCUAGUUUACAAUGCGACACUUAAUUCUAUUUGUACUUUGACAGGAGUCGAUAGUGGUAGAUUAGACAUUUUUGGAGGCGUGGAUGGAAUUGUUAGAACUGCAAUGAGAGAAGUAUUGGAGAUAGCAAAGUCCGAUGGAAUUGACUUACCAGAAAGUAUCAUGGAAACAAUGAUAAGAGCAGAUGACGGUAUUUGGUGUACACCUUCAAUGUUGGUGGAUGUUAGGAAAGGAAAUUUCAUUGAAUGUGAAGUUAUUUCUGGGAAUCCGGUACGCAUUGCAAAAAAGAAUGGUGUAUCUGCUCCAUAUUUGACCAUGGCUUAUGAACUUCUCAAGGUUGUACAAGGUAGGCUCAAAGAAGAGAAAGGACUAAUAAAAAUACCAAAAGAAAGACCAAUAAAGGCUUAA